AAUGGAUCAGUGGAUGCCCAACCAACCGUCCAGGGUCUGUCUGAAUGAUGCCAAUAAAGCCUGCAGGUUUCCCUAGAUGACAGAUAAACAUCAUACUGUCUGAAGAACAUCUGUGGAAACCUUGACCAUGGCAUCGAUAUCAGAGCCUGUAACAUUCCGAGAAUUCUGCCCUUUGUACUAUCUCCUCAAUGCCAUUCCCACAAAGAUCCAGAGAGGCUUUCGUUCUAUUGUGGUCUACCUCACAGCCCUGGAUACCAACGGGGACUACAUUGCGGUGGGCAGCAGCAUCGGCAUGCUCUACCUGUACUGCCGACACAUCAACCAGAUGAAGAAGUACAACUUCGAAGGGAAGAUAGAGUCCAUCACUGUGGUGAAGCUGCUGAGCUGCUUUGAUGACCUUGUUGCAGCAGGCACUGCCUCCGGGAGAGUUGCAGUUUUCCAGCUUGUGUCUGCAUUGCCAGGGAGGAACAAGCAGCUUCGGAGAUUUGAUGUUAGUGGUGUCCACAAAACCAGCAUUACAGCUCUGGCCUGGAGCCCCAAUGGGAUGAAGCUGUUCUCUGGAGAUGACAAAGGGAAGAUCGUCUACUCCUCUCUAGAUCUAGACCAGGGUAUCUGCAACUCACACCUUGUGUUGGAAGAGCCGUCCUCCAUUGUGCAGCUGGACUACAGCCAGAAAGUGCUGCUUGUGUCCACCUUGCAGAGAAGCCUGCUCUUUUACACAGAGGAGAAGGCUGUCAAGCAGAUUGGAUCCCAGCCAAGGAAAAGUACUGGGAAAUUUGGUGCUUGUUUUAUACCAGGACUGUGUAAGCAAAGCGAUCUAACUCUGUAUGCAGCCCGGCCUGGGCUCCGGCUGUGGAAGGCUGACGUCCAUGGGACUGUUCAAGCUACAUUUAUCCUCAAGGAUGUCUUUGCUGGAGGAGUCACACCUUUUGAGCUCUACCCUCGUCUGGAGCCCUCUGAUGGGGGAAGCUGCAGCUCGCCUGAGAAACACCUGGGGCUUGUUUCCUGCUUCUUCCGAGAAGGCUGGGUGUUGAGCUGGAAUGAGUACAGUAUCUACCUUCUGGACACCGUCAAUCAGGCCACAGUUGCUGGUUUGGAAGGACUGGGUGAUAUUGUGUCUGUUUCCUGCACAGAAAAUGAAAUAUUUUUCCUAAAGGGAGAUAGGAACAUUAUAAGGAUUUCAAGCAGACCUGAAGGACUCGCAUCCAUAGUGAGAGACGGUCCCGAGAUGACAAGAUGUUCUGAGCAGGUCCAUGGACAGCAUCUGGAGAAGUCACUGGGGGCCACUGUUUGUGAGACAAGGCUUCGAGGCUCUUCUGUGGCCAGUUCUGUGGCCAGUGAGCAGCGGAGCAGGAGCAGUUCACUCACCUCCACGGACAGUGGCUCUGCGCUGCUGGUGCCUGGACUUCAGGCUGGCCCUGAGCUGGGCCAGAGUGGUCAGCCAUCCUCACAGAGAUUCAGUGUCAUCAGCUCUGAAGACUUUGACCAGGAGCUUAUCGUGAAACCUAUCAAAGUGAAGAAGAGGAGGAGGAAGAGAAAGACAGAAGGAGGAAGCAAGAGCACCUGCCACAGUUCCCUCGAGUCAACACCCUGCUCUGAGCUCCCCGCUGACAGCCCCCAGUCCUUGACCUCCAGUGUUCUGGGCAGCAGUGUGGAUCAGCUGAGCACAGAGUCUCCAGACCAGGAGGGCAACCCCAGUGCUGAGGUGAAUGGGAUCAUACAGGAGACCGAUGGCCCGGAAGCAUUCCAUGUCCUGGAGGUGCCUGGACCUGCCCCUUACCCAGUGGACACAGACCUGCUCAGUGGAGUGUUGACUUUACCCUUGCAGCCAGAGGAGGAUGUGGGAGGUGCCGACAUCAUCUCAGGCCUUGAAGAGGAGCCUGCUCCUGCUGGUGAUGCAGCAGUGCAUACAGAGUUAUGCCUGCGGGAACACAACAGCUCUGCUGAGGAGCAGGAGGUGGACACCAUAGAGUUGAGUGACGCCCAGAGCACUUUUUCUGAAGCCCCAUUUCUGGACUCAAGCAUGCUGCCUUCCAGCCUCAGCUGGCCCCCAGGUGCUGAGCAGUGGCUGCCUGGGAUUGCAGGUUAUGAGGUCGGCACUGGGGAGGCCAGCCCAGAAGCAGACAUCCUGACGCAGGUGGAGGUCCCUAGCCCUCUGAGCUCAAAUCCUUGGCAUUUACUAACUGAUAGUGACACAGGUCAAAAGGAAACACUCACUUCUGAAUGUCACAUGGGAAAUGUGGAAGGACAGGUGACUCCUCUUACCUCUGCCUCAGUGGCCAACACCCAUGCCCAUUGGCUGGACCAACCUUUCCAGGAUCAGGCAGUGACAUCCAGUGAUGAGGAAGACAUUUAUGCCCAUGGACUCCCAUCUUCAUCCUCAGAGACAAGUGUCACAGAGCUUGGAGCUGCUCGCUCUCUGCAGGAGCUGAGCCAACCAGGUGCUGAGGAAACCACACUGCUCAAGGCAGAUCAGUUUGCAGAGAGCUGGAUGGGCUACUCGGGUCCUGGCUAUGGCAUCCUCAGCUUGGCGGUCUCGGAAAAGUUUAUCUGGUGCCUGGACUACAAAGGUGGCCUGUUCUGCAGUGCCCUGCCUGGUGCAGGGCUGCGCUGGCAGAGAUUUGAAGAUGCUGUCCAGCAGAUGGCAGUCUCUCCCUCAGGGGCUCUUCUCUGGAAGAUUGAACAGAAAUCUAACCGUGCUUUUGCUUGUGGCAAAGUCACCAUCAAAGGGAAGCGGCACUGGUACGAGGCUCUGCCCCAGGCUGUGUUUGUGGCCCUGAGUGAUGACACAGCCUGGAUCAUCAGGACCAACGGAGAUCUGUACCUUCAGACAGGGCUCAGCGUGGAUCGGCCCUGCGCCCGAGCCGUGAAGGUCGACUGUCCCUACCCACUGUCCCAGAUCGCAGCCCGGAACAGUGUUGUGUGGGCACUGACAGAGCAGAGGGCCCUCCUGUACCGGGAGGGCGUGAGCAGUUUCUGUCCUGAAGGGGAACAGUGGAAGUGUGAUAUUGUCAGUGAAAGGCAAACUCUGGAGCCUGUCUGCAUAACUCUCGGAGAUCAGCACACACUCUGGGCCCUGGACAUUCACGGGAAGCUGUGGUUCAGAACUGGUGUGAUUCCCAAGAAGCCCCAAGGAGAUGAUGAUCACUGGUGGCAGGUGAGCAUCACGGACUAUGUGGUGUUUGACCAGUGCAGCCUGUUCCAGACCAUCAUGCAUGCCACACAUUCAGUAGCAACAGCAGCCCAAGCCCCCGUGGAAAAGGUGGCAGAUAAACUGCGCAUGGCGUUUUGGUCUCAGCAGCUGCAGUGCCAGCCUAGCCUACUAGGGGUUAACAAGACCGGUGUGUGGAUCUCCUCAGGGAAGAAUGAAUUCCACGUUGCUAAAGGAAGUCUCAUAGGAACUUACUGGAAUAACGUUGUUCCCCGGGGAACAGCUUCUGCCACAAAAUGGGCCUUUGUGUUGGCUUCUCCUGCUCCCACCCAGGAUGGAAGCUCCUUAUGGCUAUGCCAGAGCAGCAAGGACCUGUGUAUCAUCAGUGCCCAGAAUGUACAGUGCCGCCCCUCCACAGUGCAGCUGCCCCCUGAUGCAGAGAUGAGAACUUAUGCUGCCUGCCAGGAUGCACUAUGGGCCUUGGACAGCCUUGGACAGGUGUUCAUCAGGACACUUUCCAAGAGCUGCCCCACAGGCAUGCAUUGGACGAAACUGGACCUUUCCCAGCUAGGAACUGUGAGACUGACCAGCUUGGCAUGUGGAAAUCAGCAUAUCUGGGCCUGUGACUCCAGGGGUGGGGUUUACUUCCGUGUUGGGACCCAGCCUCUGAAUCCCAGCCUGAUGCUUCCAGCCUGGAUCAUGAUUGAGCCACCGGUCCAACUUGCUGGGGUCACUUUGGUCAGCGUCCAUUCUAGCCCCAAUGACCAGAUGUUGUGGGCCCUGGAUAGCAGAUGGAAUGUGCACGUGCGAACUGGAAUCACCGAGGAGAUGCCCGUGGGGACAGACUGGGAGCACGUGCCAGGAUUGCAGGCCUGCCAGUUGGCACUGAGCACCAGAACUGUGUGGGCCCGCUGUCCAAAUGGUGACCUUGCCCGCCGCUAUGGUAUCACAGACAAAAACCCUGCUGGAGACUACUGGAAGAAAAUUCCCGGAAGUGUGUCCUGUGUCACAGUGACCUCAUCAGACGAGCUAUGGGCGGUGGGCUCCUCUGGCUGUCUCCUUCAGCGGCUGACAAAGACCUUCAGCCACUCACACAACCCUCAGAACAGCCAGGCAGCCACCUCCCACCCUGAGGAGCUGGAGGACGAGUGGGAGGUCAUCUGAAGCCAGGCAGCCAGUGAUGGAGGAAGCCGGGUUCUGUGAUGGAGGCCGCUGUCUCCCGGUGGCUCACGGACGGACAUGCCUCAUCCACGAGGCUGGACACCUCACACUUGCUUUCAUCUGUAUUUGUUUUGGUCUCAUUACAGAACUCACAGCCUUAGCCUUGUGCUUGGAGCUGUUGCUGUAGGAGCAGCACCUUUGACAUCUUGCCAAGGUCACCUCCAAGUGGGAACAGCGGCUGCUGCUCAGUUGCAUGCACUAGUUACCUGUGCACCACAGUAAAUUCUUAUCAGCAA